AUGGAUGAGAAGAAUAUGAUACCGGAGAGUCAAACAGGUUUUAGGAAAAGAAUGGGGGUGAUAAACAGUAUUUAUGUUCUAAACUACUUGGUGAUUAGAAAAGUGAAUAACAAGGGAAGUAAGGUAGUGGCGGCCUUCAUAGAUCUAAAGGCGGCGUUUGAUUCGGUGAACAGGGAGAUGUUAAUGGAAACAAUGAAAAAUAGGGGGAUAAGAAAAGGACUAAGAAGCAGGAUAGAGGAGGUGUACAGAGAAACGAGGAGCAAAGUAAGAGUGGGGAAGGAGGAGAGAGAAAGUUUUUGGACGAAAAAGGAAAGAAGGGAAGGAGAUGGAGAAAAGAGAGGAAGGGGAGAGGAAGUAUACGAGAGAUGGGAGCAAAAAGACAGAGAAAUGCAGAAGAAGGAAAGAUGGGAGAGGAUAAGAGAAUCGAGAUAUAAUAGAUGGUAUGGAGAAUGGAAGGAGGAGGGAUUACCAAAGUAUCUGAGAAAGGAAUGGAGGGAAAGUAGAUGGAAAAAGAUAGUGAGAUUCAGAAUGACAAUGAAAUGA